AUGGGGAAUUACUCAGCGGUCACUGAAUUCUUUCUGGUGGGACUUUCCAAAUACCCAGAGCUCCAGCUCUUUCUGUUCGCUCUCUGCCUCAUCAUGUAUGCGAUAAUCCUCCUGGGAAACAGUCUCCUCAUUGUCAUCAGCAUACUGGAUUCUCGCCUCCACACCCCCAUGUACUUCUUCCUUGGGAACCUCUCAUUCCUGGACAUCUGUUAUACAUCAUCAUCCAUUCCUCCAAUGCUCAUCAUAUUUAGGUCCAAGACAAAAUCCAUCUCCUUCAUUGGCUGUGCUCUGCAGAUGGUUGCCUCCCUUGGGUUGGGCUCCACUGAGUGUGUCCUCUUGGCUGUGAUGGCCUAUGACCGGUAUGUGGCCAUCUGCAACCCACUGAGGUACCCCAUCAUCAUGAACAGAGUGCUUUAUGUGCACAUGGCUGCUUGGUCCUGGAUCAUAGGCUGUAUGAAUUCCUUAGUGCAAACAGCCCUGACAAUGGUGUUGCCUUUCUGUGGAAAUAACAUUAUUGAUCAUCUUACCUGUGAGAUCCUAGCCCUUCUUAAACUCGUAUGUUCAGAUAUUUCCAUGAAUGUGCUUAUCAUGACAGUGGCAAGUAUUGUUUUACUGGUGAUUCCUCUGCUGUUAAUUUUCAUUUCCUAUAUUUUUAUCCUCUCGUCCAUCCUGAGAAUUAAUUCUACUGAGGGGAGAAAGAAAACUUUUUCUACCUGUUCAGCCCACCUGACUGUGGUUAUCUUAUUCUAUGGUUCAGCUCUUUUUAUGUACAUGAAGCCCAAGUCAAAGGACACAAAAGCAUCUGAUGAAAUCAUUGGACUGUCUUAUGGAGUGGUAACCCCAAUGUUGAACCCCAUCAUCUACAGCUUGAGGAAUAAGGAGGUGAAAGAGGCUGUGAAGAAAGUCCUGAGCAGAUACUUGCAUCUAUGGAAAAUAUAA